AUGGAACAUCCCACCCAGAUCAUUCAUAAAGCUGUUUUCCUGGCAGGCAGCUUUGCCGGGGCUGGUCCCCGCAAACCCGGCCGCAUCGAAAAGCGCAAGAAGGCCAAGAAGGAGGACAAGGACAUUGUGAAGAUGUGUAAAGCAGAAAGGGCCAAGGAGAUCGCCCGCCUUCGGGCCGCCAUCAAGAAGGAAGAAGAGGAGUUGAUGAGAAAGAGAGAGAAAAUUGCGGCCCUGGAGGCCCUGAACCUCGCCGAUGAAACUAAAGAAAAAAUGAACAUGGACGAAUAA